UUCAAAGUCAAAUGUCUUCUUCAACCUCUCCGUCAAGUUCUACUCACCGGAGAAGAUCAUCUCGAUCUUCUACUAACGACCCGUUAUCAUCUCCGGCAGCCAACGGGUCAUCUUAUACGGGUCCUGCCCCAAGCAUCGUAUGGCAGCUUUUGGCCUUAUGUUUUGUCCUAUCCCUCGCCUUCCUCCAGUUUCUUCCGGCGACCCAUUUCCGGGACCCGUUCGAUCCUCUGAGAAAAUGGGUCCCUUACCAAUCCAACAUAUCCACAUCCAUUGAUACCAGUAAAGGAACAUCAAUAAACAUUGUAUCAUGGAUGGACUGUAUCAAUAUUCAAGUCUUUACAGUUCUUAUUAACUCAACUCUGUCAAGCACAAAUUGUUCAGAUCUGGUUUCUUUUCAUUUCUUUGUUCCUGAAAAUCAGAAAGAUGAUAAGGUUCUGUAUUAUAAGCUCAAGGUCCUUUUUCCAGAUGUCAAGCUUCAAUUUAUUGGACAGGAGAUGGUUAAGAGACAGAUUAUGUCAGCUUAUGGUAGUGAUAAUGUUGAAGAAUAUUCCAGGCCUUCUUUUGCUGAAAUGGCCCCUUAUGUCAUACCAUUUCUUCAUAUUCAGCUAACCAAAUUCGUUUAUUUAUUGCCGAAUUUGAUUUUAAAGGGGAAUGUUGAUGAACUGGUUAGGCUUGAAUUGAAUGACUAUCCAAUUGGAGUUAAUGAGGAUUGUUCCAAAAAGAUGAAUACAUAUGUUAACUAUGACAUAUUAGAUGCCAUUCAACGAUCAGCUGCUAAGCCUUGGGUAUCGAGAAAGCCUUAUUCGAUAGACGCUUGUAUGCCCUUGUUGAGUCUUGUUCUUAUUGAUUCUUCGAGAUUGGAGAAGGAUUUUGUUGAAUCCAUUCUUUGGUGGAGCAAGGUUUUGAAUGAAAAACAAAGGAGGAGCAAUCCGCAUCCUGCGAUCGCGUUAGCGAUUUACAAUCGAUAUUUGAAAAUUCCAGAUUAUUGGAGAGUGGGGUUAUUGGAAUAUGGGAAGAGUUCGAGUUUUUGUUCUGAUAAUGGUAAGGCUAUUAAUACAAUGUCUGAUUUUGCGAGCAGAUUCAAACAAUAUCUUCCAUUGUCGUCGAAUCAAAUACUAGACCUCCAUCAGAGACCGCAAAGCUGAGCCCUUUCGAUAAUUUCAACGAAUUAUGCUAGUUUUAUUGAUA